AGUUGAAAGUCAAGCAACACUGCAACUCCCCAGCAUGGCGGUCCAAGUGGGACACAGAGCCCUGCUGCAAGCCCUCCGAGUGCAGGCAUCGGGCCGAGACAGCGCGUGCAGGCUGGCAGCAGCCUGGUCCUGCUCCAGACACUAUGCUCUCUCCGGUAAACUCUCGUCUUCCUCUCUCCUGAACGGUCACGGAGCAGUGACACGACACUACAGCUCGGACUCCAAGGAGGACCUCCGCGUCAGACACCUGGACGGAGAGGACGCCGGUAUUGUUGUUGUUGGGAUAAAUCGACCAAAAGCAAAAAAUGCCAUCAGCAAAAAUCUGGUCAAAAUGAUGUUUGAGGCUGUGGAGGAUAUCAAGAAGAAUAACAAAGUGCGCAGUGUUAUCAUAUGCAGUUUGGUUCCUGGGAUCUUCUGUGCAGGUGCAGACCUGAAGGAGAGGGCCAAGAUGCACCAGAGUGAAGUGGGCCCGUUUGUGUCCAAAGCAAGAGCGCUCAUCACAGAGCUGGGUAACCUGCCGGUACCAACCAUUGCUGCCAUUGAUGGAGCUGCCUUAGGAGGAGGCCUGGAAAUGGCUCUUGCUUGUGACAUCAGAAUUGCCUCUGACACUGCCAAAAUGGGACUAGUUGAGACCAAACUAGCUAUUAUUCCUGGAGCAGGUGGUACACAGCGUCUGCCCAGGGUGAUUGGUGUCUCUCAUGCAAAGGAGCUCAUCUUUGCUGCGCGGGUGGUGGAUGGAACAGAGGCGUGUCGCCUGGGUCUUGUCAGUCAUUCUGUGGAGCAGAAUAAGAGUGGAGAUGCUGCCUACCUGCGAGCUCUGGAGCUCGCCCGCGAGAUCAACCCUCAGGGUCCAAUUGCAGUAAGGAUGGCAAAACUGGCGAUCAAUCAGGGGAUAGAGGUGGAUUUAUCAACAGGUCUGGCAAUAGAAGAAGCAUGCUAUGCCCAGGUGAUACCAACUAAAGAUCGAUUGGAGGGUUUGGCUGCAUUCAAGGAGAAGAGGCGUCCCCACUUCAAGGGGGAGUGAAGCCACACUGCUUCCAGAAACAUAUCAGAGCUCUGCCUUCAACUACAGUUCCACUGCUUCUGACAUAGUUUCUGGUGAAACUGUACACGUCCACACAUUAACCUGUACAGUACCCAGAGGACGUCUGUUUGACUGCAGGACAUUGGGGUCGCUCCUGGCGGGUGUUUUUGACAGUGACUUGGGUGUUCAAGUGUAAAGCACUGGCUGGGUGUGUCACCUACCACCAAGCAAACUAACCAGUCAUUGACCACUGCUUACAAUAUGUAACACUUAUUAAUCUAACUUCAAACUGUGGUCUAAAACAUGAAUUACUUCAAACAGUUAUUGCUCUUUGCAGUAUGAUUGACAGUUUGUCACUAACCUCCCUGACUAAUGACAUUUCUGUGACGGCUUCACUUGAGUGAUGCAUCAGAAAGUUUUUUUUUUUUUUUAUUUGGUAAAAAUGUACUCCUGUAUUUACAACACUGAAUAAUGCCAGAGGUGUCUGCAUGAAAUCAUGA